AUGGAUCAAGCGCCACGUUCUCCAAACAUCGAUUCCAGGGAGGGCGAUAGUGACUUGGCGCAGUCGUUGAAGCACUUGACCAUUUCAGCCUCGUCCCCAGCCAGGCCUCCCCGGUCCCCGCGACAACCCGCUCUGAAGCCCCUCAAUGUGGACGACCGUUCCCCGAGAUCUCCAGCCCGUCACGGGAAUCCCUUAAAAAGCCCCCUCCGUAGCGCUUCCGCUUUGGCCAAUCCACCUUCUCGAUCCUCGACACCGACCCUGCUAAGGAAGGCUUCGUUGAAUUCGCUUCAUUCAGUGAACGGCGUUGCGCCUCCCCGUCGAGCGAGCUCCGUCACCAUUUCGUCGCCCUCUUCCAAGCCCGGAUCAGGGAGAUCGCCCUUGAGAAGCCUGUCACCCGAGUUGCCAGAGGAACCCGCCCCUACGGCGCACUCCAUCGCAAGCGCCCACUUCAAAGCCGAACUAGAAGCACACCAUGGCACCGAACCCACGCGCCGUGCCGAGACCGUUGUGAUUUUCCAGGACGCCUGCUAUGGUCACAGGUACUCCCGUCCCCGCACGUCCAAGGCACAGCUGGGCACCAUCGUCGAGCGCCCAGAGAGGAUCAAAGCGUGCGCCUUGGGGGUUUCGGCUGCAUAUGUGCGUCUGGGCGAGCGACACCAGGAUGGAGCCUUCCCCAUACACCCUGACAUGGACAUGACGUCGCUGCCCACGAUACCGUUCCGGAUCCAAAAAUCGACGAGGCGACUUUCCUUGGGAUCUCAGACUGUGACCAACGUGCACGGGACAAAGUGGAUGGAAGAACUCAAGAUGAUGUGCGACACCGCCGAGGCGAAGCUCGCGUCGGGCGGGAAGGAGCUUCAGCGACCGGAUAUCGACCGAGGCACGAAUGGCGAGGCGCCUCAGAAAUUACAUGAGGGCGAUCUGUAUCUCUGUUCCGAAUCCUUGGACGCUCUAGAGGGCGCGCUCGGAGCAGUGUGUGACGCCGUUGACGCGGUAUUUCGAGCCGAUGGGCCUCGGCGAGCGUUUUGCGCGAUCCGGCCGCCCGGACACCAUUGCUCCGCAUCACAUCCAUCCGGCUUCUGCUGGCUCAACAAUGUCCACGUGGGUAUCAUGCACGCCAUACUAAGCCACGGCUUGACGCAUGCUGCCAUCAUCGACUUUGAUCUGCACCAUGGCGACGGGUCUCAGUCUAUUGCCUGGGAGCACAACGCGAGGAGCGUCGGCCUGGCUAAGAACGCCGCUUGGUGGAAGAAGACGUCGAUCGGUUAUUUCAGUCUGCACGACAUCAAUUCAUACCCCUGCGAGAUGGGCGAUGAGGACAAAGUCCGGAACGCGAGCAUUUGUAUCGAAAACGCGCACGGCCAGACCAUAUGGAACGUCCAUUUGCAACCCUGGAAAACCGAAGCCGACUUCUGGCAUCUUUACGAGUCUAAAUACUCUGUCCUGCUCGAGAAGACGCGGGCUUUUCUCAAAUCUCAUAGCGAGCGGCUGCGCGCCUCGGGGCUGAACUCGAGAGCCGCCAUUUUCCUCUCCGCAGGUUUCGAUGCGAGCGAAUGGGAGGGUGCUGGCAUGCAGCGACACAAUGUCAACGUACCAACGGAGUUCUAUGCCCGGCUGGCUCGCGACGUGGUUCGGAUUGCUGCGGAAGAAGGAACAAGCGUCGAGGGCCGUAUCAUCAGCGUGCUAGAAGGGGGCUAUAGUGACCGUGCCCUCCGCUCAGGGGUUCUCAGCCACCUCUGUGGCCUCGCAGGAGAUGGGCCCAGCAGCGGAGAUCUGCAGUCUAGCGGCCUCGGUAUUGAAGGUCAGAAAGCUGUCCCGCUACGUGCGCGAAAGGACUCUAGCGCGAGCGAACGGGGGGCUCGUAGAUAUGAGCCGUCUUGGUGGUCCAGUGUUGCACUGGAAGAGCUUGAGGCAGCCAUGACGCCGCCGCCUGUAGUGCCCCCAAAGCCUCGCAACUGCACGCCGCCAACAUAUUCGUCUCCGACUCAAGCGUCAGCAGCGAAGGCAGUGAUGCCUAAAAAUCGUCGGAGCAUGUCAAACCUGUCAGCUGCCGCCAGAAGCGAGUUGGGAUCAUACUCGUACUUCGCCCCAUUACCUCCCCCGGAUGUCCCAUGGGCUGUUGCGGCGCUUGAGCUGAGCAAGCUGCUUAUCCCAACGGAACGCCAGACAAAUAGCUGCACGCACGAGGAUCUCAACGCCGAGGCUACUCGGGCUCGACGCGACCGUCAAUCUGCCUUGGUCCAGUCUUUACCUCCAGCUGCUGGGACAGCCGGCACAGGAGACCGGCCUUCGACUAGAAUGGGGUUAAGAGAGCGCAAAGCGAAGCCGUCAGCUCUCGUCGAGGAUGAUGAGAACCGCAAGGGCAGACGCAAGACAGUUGCUGGGCCCUCGGUUCUUUCCACCGAGGCGGCAUCCAACGGAUCUCUCACCACCACCGAAAAGCAGCCUAGACAUUCAUGCCGGCGGCUUAGUGCGGCGUCGACUAUUGUGUCUACGGCAGCCAUGGAUGCGGUGCCACCAGCUCCGCGAACUGCACCGAUACGGAGCAGCUCGAAGGCAGACGUUACAGUCAGACCCGAGUCCUCCACAAGCGUCAGAACCGCUAAUAGCAAUGCUCUGAACGUGAAGAAGACGCGGGCUCCAGCUAAGAAGGAGCCGGUCCCGCGUGUCCCAAAGGUGGCCAAGAAACUUCCUGGUGCAACUAAUGGAGCCGCAACCCAGCCAGUGCCCGCCGAAGGUUCUUCUAGUGCGCCUGCAUCGGCCGAGAAGACAGGGGAUGAGGUGGACAAGCUGACAAACGAAAUGAGGAAGAUCAAGAUCACAGUCAUCAACAGGGCUCAGCGAGAGGCUCGAGAACGGGAGCGUCUUGCCAGGGAGAAACUGUCAAAGGAAGAAACAAUAUCCGCGGCGCCGCCUCCAGCAGUGUGCAAACCACCCCCUCCGGAAUCCACGUUUAGCCCCACCGCGGCCGAGCAAUAUCCCUCCCCGUCGCCCUCUCUAGCCCCAUCUGCAUCUUCCCCCCCGCCACAGUCCGUACUCCCGAGCCAACACCCCUCCACCCCCUCGUUAGAGUUCAACCAACCCCCGGCCUUCCUAACCACCCCACCGCCAACCACGGUUAACACCGACACCGACGCCGAUUCCAGGCGUGUCAUGUCGCCGCCGCCGCCAUCGCAGCAGCAGCAUGGGCAGGAUAUCCCGAGUAGUUCUUCCCCAGCCAGGGGAGGGAACAACAAGACUGUCGAUGUCUUUGUCUCUUACCAACCGGAGGGUCCUGCCCCUGAGACCCUGCCUCUGCCCGCCCAACAGCCCCUCCAGUGGAUGCCGCCUAGCUUGUCCGGGGCUGGUACGCCUGUUGUGUCGCCUGUUAAGAGGGACGAUUUACCGGUUUUUAGCAGUACCGGGGUCAUUCCCUUUGCUCCUUCCCCGGCCAAGGCCACUGCGAGGGAUGGGACUCAGGGGAGGGAGAAGGACUUGGAGGGCGGGGUUGAACAGGGUUGA